UCAAAUCUUGAGUCACCCUAAUGUCCAAACAUUCAUAUGUAACUCGAUCAUUGCAUUCUUCUGUGUCUUAGGAGCUGCCACCUGUGUACAUUACCUUUAAUACGAUCAUUAACCAAUGAGCCGCGUCCCAGCGGAAUAAAUGCAUCAAAAUGACGUAUCUUUUAUUUCUUAUUUUGCUUGCGAACUAUGCUGCCUGUUCUGAUGUUCCAAAAUUAACACAAACUGUUUAUGGCUUCUUGGAUUUUACAACAACUAUUGGCAAUACUGUUAUGGUCUUCUCGCCGCAAAGCUCUCCUCUACUCGAUUUGACACCUCAGAAACCUGCGAAGCCUGUGGAUAUUAUUGACACCAAGCCGCAUGUGCCGGAAACUAAAGACAGUAAAAAUGGCAUAAGUCCAACUCCGCUAUUGAGCUCAAGUCUAAAUGAACAACCGACAGCGAAUUCUACGAUUGCUAUAAGCAGUCACAUAAGUUUGCUCAAUACGCCAAUCAAGUCAGUUGAUUUCUCAGAGUAUGCUUUGCUUUCGCGGCAGCCGGAGGAGUUCGCCGAAGAAACAUUUCGCUUGGUUAAUUUGAAUACACGUGCCGAUCAUUCCAAGCGCAAUAAUUAUGGCAGCUCAACGGGCUUGCUGCAAAGGAAAAAGGAUAGUCUAAGUCGAAGCUCAAAUACCCCAUCAAAGGAAACGGCAAUCAUAACUGCCAAAACGUUGGGCAAAACUUCACAAAUUUAUCAGCCAAUUUCGAGCACUGAACGAAGAAGCAAACCUCGCCACACUUCGACAACUUCAGCUCGAGUACUGAAGACUGUGACGCCAUCUCUGCCAAAUUACAAGACGCCCGUCGAAUCUAACCAUGUGCCUACCAAGAGUACUCGUAAAAAUAGUCGGGUUUCAGGAGAAAAAAGAAAAUUAUCCAGGAACAAGGGCAAGAGGCGGAAUAAAUCGACGCAGUCGUCUAUAAUUCAGGUCACGCCGUCCCAGGUGGAGACAAGUUCUCGUCGCUCAUAUAGAACCAAAACGAAUCUGAUUUCUGAAGAUAAUAACGUAACAAAUUUCAGUCCGAGUACAUUGAAGCUGAAUCGUCGUCCAGGCCGUUGGCAAUAUAAAUCAUCUCCAAAGCCAAAAGUGAAUAUCAGAAAAAGCUCUCCGAAUAUGGCCAGAAGUGAACUACAAACAGAGGCUCUCAAAGAAAUUGAUCCGCUCGUGGAACCAGUUGAGAACAACCCGCAAAUUCAAAAGACCAUUGACCUCAACAGAGAUUUGGAUGCUGUUGGCUCACAAAACACAAUUGUGCCCGACAACGAUGUGAUAAAGCCCAAUAAUUUCGUGCAAACUUUAAAUGUCGAAAUCUCAACUCCGAGCAAUUUUGAAGAUACCUACUAUGAAAUUGCCACCAUUCUAUGUCAGUUUUUUCUACAGGCUGGGCUUGUGAAAAAAACACGAUUUGUCACUGUAACCUCGACAUUUGAGAAAACACUUAAAACUGAUCAUAUUGAGGAGUAUUCGGAACACGAUGGACCUUUAACUGAAAACAUUUUGGAGUCUACAACUCAGACGGUUAAGCCAUCAAUGGAUGGAAUUGUUACCACCUUGAAGCCUAUUCAUUAUACAGAUAGCCUUGAAACACCGGAACUUGAGACAAUAACGGAAUCGUUUUCAUUCACCCAAACCAAACUGAAGACUCAAAUUUUGCCAAUCAUUAAUGAUAAGCUGAACGAGACUUCGCAUAUAACUUUAGUGCAAACUUACGAUUAUACAAGCUUUGUAACUGUAACUCAGACGAUUUCGCCGUUCCGCGAUAAUUUUGUUCCUGCCAAAAACUUUAAAGACUUCGAGGGCAUUUUGGAUGAGGCAGGCUCCGAAAUUAACUUGGAUCUUGAAUUCGGCGAUGAGAGCAACUCUGGCCAGUUUGAGGCUAAGCCGAAUGCGAAUGGUAUCUCAAAUGUUACAAAUGCGAUAAAUCCUGUUGACUCCGAAUUGCUUAGUAAAUCAGAAAUCAAACCAGAAAUAUUAGGCCAACCUAAUAGUGUUAUAACUACCACACGUCCAAUCAUUAAGAUUGAUACAGUUUGGGAAUCGUAUGUUAUACCUCUCGUAAGGGGUACUGAAAGUAUUCUAAGAACGUUGUCGAAGUCUGUUGGGGAGGUGAAAAAAACUGAAUUUGUCACUGAAGUCUCUACAAUUUCCUUGCCAGUGCCACCUAUGUCACAAUUUCCAUAUUCCAUAAAUCCCUUCUAUAAUCCUCUAUUGGGAAUUCCACAGCCUCAAUUAAUCACGUCUACUUCUAUUUAUGAAACGCUCAUCACAGCCACGAGUAGCAAAGUUCUUAAGCUAACAUUUGGUGCAAGAACUGCUUACACUACCUUAUUUUCCACCUCUGUUGUUCCCACAGCAGUCUCGAAACUGGUAACAGCUACGAUUCCCAUUCAAAACUCUGGAUCAUUCCAAAACUUCUAUCCUCCCCCAUAUCCCCCAUUCGCCUAUGUUGGUUAAAAUGCUCGAAUUUAUUGUUUGUCCAAAAUACAACAAAAAUUGAAUAAUACUCUUAAAAGUUAAGUACUUACAAGGUUUGGUUUCUCAUUAUUAGGGCAUUCAGACUAAGUGAAGUUAGACGAAUUUCAUUAAUACAAUGUACAGGAAUCGGAUUACCGAGCUAUCAACCUAAAAUACUGUAAAGCGUGUAACGCAAAAGUUGUUUUUUUUUUUUUUCACGAAAAUUUUUUUAAUUAUUUUUCUACAUUCAAACACAUUUUCCAAACACAUGAGUAUAAGAAAUAUAUAGAUUAAUAUAGAAUUCACGCAUAUCUGUAUAUGAGGCUUAGCCAUACAAGUUGUUGACUAUUUCGCAAAAUUCGGAAACAUACGCCUCCGAAACCCUAAACAAAAAUCCAUGUGAAACAUUUACUUCAUUUAAUGUCUUUUAUUUUUCAUCAGUAAAAGAUCUAUAUGAUUUAUCACAUGUCAUCAUCAAAUUU